GUGUUUGUUGUGUUUUCUCUAUUUUUGUGAGAAUCUGUCACCUGCUUCACUCGAACAGCAGCAUAACAAAAAAUAUUCUUUUUAAAAAGUUAAUUUUUAAGUGAAUUAUUUUAAUUUUAACAUCAUGGCAGAUGUUAGAAAACCAAGACUCUACCUUGACGAACAUAAAUUAAAGCAAGAUCCACAUGAUUAUGGGUUGGCUGACGAUGUCUGGAGCAUGGAAAGUUUUAAGAAGAAAUUCCAAAUCGUAGUCGUUCGUUAUGAAGGCUACGAAUUGGAGUUUGAUAUGAUUGGAGUACUUCCGGGGAUUGCGAAUGCUUUCAGACGUCUCAUGCUGAGUGAAGUGCCAAGUAUGGCCAUCGAAAAGGUCUUCAUCUACAAUAAUACCUCAAUCAUUCAAGACGAAGUUCUUGCCCAUAGAUUGGGUUUGAUUCCUCUGCGAGCUGACCCUCGACUUUUCGAGUACAAAAGCGAAGAGAGCGAUGAGCAGGGAACCGAAAACGACACUCUUGAAUAUGAAUUGAAAAUUAAGUGUACUCGUCGCAAGGACGUCAAGGAUUCGGCAAACUUUGACGCGAUCUACAAAAAUCACAAAAUCUAUUCGGGUCAAAUCAAAUGGUUACCCAAAGGAAAGCAGGCCACGUUACACAAUGAAUCCGAUGUCGGUCCAAUCCACGAUGAUAUCCUCAUAAGUCAAAUGCGUCCCGGACAUGAAUUCGAUUUGAAGCUGUUGGCAGUCAAAGGUAUCGGCAGCGAUCAUGCCAAGUUCUCACCUGUUGCAACGGCAUUCUAUCGCCUAUUGCCUGAGAUUAAACUCAAUCGAACUGUUUCGGGUAAGGAGGCAUUUCUUCUGCAGAAAUGUUUCUCACCCGGAGUCAUUGGCAUUGAUGAUAAUGAUGUGGCGUUCGUUAAGGACGCAAGGUAUGAUACAUGCAGUCGAAAUGUCUAUCGCUAUCCACAAUUGGCCGAUGCAGUUACAAUGUCCCGCAUUCGAGAUCAUUACAUUUUCAAUAUUGAAUCGGUGGGGGCACUGAAGCCAGAGGUUAUAUUUAUCGAAGCGGUGAAAGUGUUGAAAAAGAAGUGCCGAAAAUUCUUGGAUGAAAUUGAAGCAGAGUGAUCAGGGAAAGGAGGAAAAUACUUAGAUGUAAAAUAAAAUGUUGUUUUUUUAAGAAGAAAAGAAA